AUACCUUUUUUUUCUAUAGAGAUCUGAGCUUUGGGACAUGGAGAUGGUAGAAGAACAAGCUUCUCUUUAAAUCACUUCACCAGAUUCUUUUUUUUUCUUCCUAUCCUAGAUUUUCUCGGGAAAAAAAUAAUUGUUUCCUUUCUCUUUCUUCUCUCACUUGCUCGAUAACACACUCUUUAUUUUUUUUUCUAGAUCUACCUGACUUUUGUUAAAACCAUCGAAAAGUCUCCGGCAGAAAAGAUGUGUUUGCUUGUGUUCUAUUGAAACUUCGAGACUAAUCAAAGAAUCCGAUUUCCGCAGAUGGAACUAUGUGCUGUGGAUCAGACCAAUUAAACCAGAACUCAUCAUCAGAAGAUACCACCACCAACGCAGAGAUGAAUCACCUGAGAGUCGAAACAGAGGAUACUUUCGCCAGCCUCCUCGAGCUAGCAGCCAACAACGACGUAGAAGGCGUGAGGCUAUCAAUCGACAGAGACCCUUCGUGCGUGGACGAGCCCGGUCUCUGGUACGGUCGCCAAAAGGGCUCCAAAACCAUGGUCAACGAUCACAGGACCCCCUUGAUGGUCGCCGCUACUUACGGAAGCAUCGACGUGAUCAAGCUCAUCCUCUCCUUAACCGACGUGAACCGCUCCUGCGGGAGCGAUCAGACCACGGCCUUACACUGCGCCGCCUCAGGAGGAGCCGUGAACGCUGUCCAGGUUGUUAAGCUGCUUCUCGCGGCCGGAGCUGAUUUGAAUCUGAUGGACGCCGAUGGUCAGCGAGCCGGUGAUGUGAUUGUCGUCCCUCCUAAGCUUGAAGGUGUGAAGCUGAUGCUUCAGGAGCUCCUCUCCGCGGCUACCGCGGAGAGGAACUUGAGGGUUGUGACGAAUGCGAGGAGCAGGUCUCACUCUCCUACCGAAGAGGAGGAUGGUGAGUCGUCUCCGUUUAAGAUGAAGUCCUCUAUGGAGUUCAAGAAAGAGUAUCCAGUCGAUCCUUCUUUACCUGACAUCAAGAACAGUAUCUACUCCACUGAUGAGUUUAGGAUGUACUCCUUCAAGGUCAGGCCCUGCUCGCGUGCCUACUCGCACGACUGGACGGAGUGUCCUUUCGUCCACCCGGGCGAGAACGCGAGGAGGAGAGAUCCCAGAAAGUUCCACUACAGCUGCGUUCCCUGUCCGGAUUUUCGGAAGGGAGCUUGCAGAAGAGGGGACAUGUGCGAGUUCGCGCACGGCGUGUUCGAGUGCUGGCUCCAUCCGGCUCAGUACCGUACCCGUCUCUGCAAAGACGGGACGGGCUGCGCCCGUCGCGUCUGUUUCUUUGCGCACGUCCCCGAGGAGCUUAGGCCGUUGUAUGAGUCGACCGGUUCGGCUGUUCUUUCGCCUCGGUCCAAUGCUGCUGACUACGCUGCGGCGUUGAGUCUCUUGCCUGGUUCGCCGUCUGGUGGCUCUGUUAUGUCUCCGCUCUCGCCUUCCUCGGCGGGUAACGGGAUGUCGUCGAUGGGGUGGCCGCAGCCUAACGUUCCUGCUCUGCAGCUGCCUGGGAGCAACCUGCGGUCGAGCAGGCUGAGGUCUUCGUUCAACGCGAGGGAUGAGAUGAAUAUGUUGGCGGAGUAUGAGCAGCAGCAGCUUCUCAAUGAGUUCAACAGUUCGUUGAGCAGGUCUGGUCGGAUGAAAUCGCUGCCUCCUUCGAAUCUUGAAGAUCUUUUCUCGGCGGAGAGCUCUUCUUCUCCUCGGUUUAAUGAUUCGGCUUUGGCUUCUGCUGUGUUCUCUCCUACGCAUAAGUCUGCUGUGUUCAAUCAGUUCCAACAGCAGCAGAACCAGCAGAGUAUGCUGUCUCCUAUCAACACAAGCUACUCUUCGCCAAAGAGUGUGGAUCACUCGCUGUUCUCAGGAGGAGGUGGGAGGAUGUCUCCUCGGAACGUGGUUGAGCCUAUUUCGCCGAUGAGCUCUCGCGUGUCCAUGUUGGCUCAAUGCGUGAAGCAGCAGCAGCAACAACAGCAACAGCAGCAGCAGCAGUUCCGUAGCCUUAGAUCAAGGGAGCUUAGAACAAACAACACAAGCCCUAUUGUUGGUUCACCGGUUAACAACAACAACAACAACAACUCGUGGUCAUCUCAAUGGGGUUCAUCAAAUGGUAAACCGGAUUGGGGAAUGAGCUCAGAGGCGCUUGGUAAGUUGUCGUUUGAUGAUGUUGAGCCUGAUGUUUCUUGGGUUCAGUCACUGGUGAAGGAGAAUCCAACAGAGGCCAAAGAGAGAGCAGCUGCAGGUACAUCGUCUAACACUGGCCAAAACACAAUGCAGCCAACAACAACAACCUCUGAAAUGGUAAUGGAUCAUGCUGGCCUUGAAGCUUGGAUUGAGCAAAUGCAGCUCGAUCAGUUCGUAGCUCAGCAGAAUUGAGAGGUGGUGAUGGUGGUAGAAGUGGUAACAAGAUUAACAAAACAAGGAAGAGGUUUUCUAUGUUUUUGGUCAAAUUAAUUUUCACAAUUUUUAGAUAAGAGAAGGGAACAACAAAACAAGAAAAAAGGCUUAUGGGAAGUGAGGAGAAGAGAAAAAAAAAACCUUUUUGGUUUUCUUUCUCCCGUUUUCAUAUUUAUUUUUAGGAUUUUCUCCCAUUAUCAUGAUUAUUAUUUUUAUUUUUAUGAUAUUAUUAUUGUAUGAAUAUUUGUUAUCUUUUAUAUGUUGAGGACCCUGGAAUCAAAUUUUAUAUUAUUUAAUCUUUUGAUU